UAGCGUUAAUACCAUCACUAACGCACAACAGCUGUUUUUGUUUGUCCUCGCCGGUUUUUUAUUUUGCAGUGAUAUCAUCAUCGUGUACAUAUUUGUGUUUAUUUUUUUUAACAAUUUUGAGUGAAAUUUGGCAAACGUUGAGUUACUUUUAUGGUUACCAAUCUACUUAAUAGCAUUGCGUCCUUAGUUUUUAAACGCACUUUAUCCAAAAUGCCCCGCGGAAGAACAUUGGAAGACGUCGUAUUGGAGUUGGAGAAAUUCGCGCCACGCAAUUUGGCCGAGAAAUGGGACAAUGUUGGUCUCCUCAUCGAGCCUUAUAAUGAAAGGCAUAUAUGCAAAAUUCUGUUAACCAAUGAUUUGACGGAGAAUGUCAUGCAAGAAGCUGUCGAUCUAGGCACUGACCUAAUUGUCUCUUAUCAUCCGCCAAUAUUUGCACCACUUAAACGCAUUACACAAAAAAACUGGAAGGAACGCAUCGUUUCCAUAUGCUUGGCUGAGGGCAUUGCUUUAUACUCGCCGCACACAGCUUGGGAUGCAGUUCCUGGUGGCGUGAACGAUUGGCUUUCCUCUGCAUUGCCGUGCGUUGAUAUGCAGCCAAUUCAGCCUAAUCCCUUGGGUGGUGAAUUUGGUGGCGCGGGACGUACAUUCACCACAUCGCUGACUUUGGAUCAGGCCGUGGCUAGCGUUCAGCGGCACAUUGGUCUCGAUGUACAGUUAUCAUUGGGUAUAAAUCAUAACCUCGAUACACCAAUUACUGUUGUGGCGGUUUGUGCUGGUUCUGGCGCGUCUGUACUUAAAGGCUUCGAAGCGGAUCUUUACAUUACAGGCGAAAUGUCGCAUCACGAUUUACUGGAUGCAAGCCAUCAAAACGUUUCCGUGAUCUUGUGCAAUCAUAGCAACUCCGAACGCGGUUUUCUACAUAAAUUCGAGACCAAACUCUACAAUAUGCUAAAGGGUGACUGUGAAGUGAAUAUUUCCGAAAAGGACAAGGACCCCUUAAAAACAAUCGUUAAAACCUAAAGUUCGACGAUAAUGAUUCACAGAGGCAUUUACUGAAAAGUUGCAUUUUUUUGGUGUUUUUCGAUUGAAAAUUUAUUUUAAAAGUCUAAAAUUCCUUUAUUAAGUUUUUAUUUUGUAUUGUUUAUAUUAAUGCAAAGUGUAAGAGUAGCAUUUGCUGCUUUAUUUACUGCCUUUAAAUAAAAAUUUUUGCAAAGCUUUAGAAAAAGA